CUCGGAUUCUGGUGCUUCCGAGACUAGUCUCUCACCUCCUUCCUCCCCACCAAGCCGGCCCCGUAAUGAACUGAACGUGUUUAAUCGUCUUACUGUUUCUCAGGGAAACACGUCAGUUCAGCAGGACAAGGGCAUAAUCAACCCAUUUCCUGCCUCCAAAGGAAUCAGAACAUCUUCACUUCAGUGUGUUCACAUAGCUGAAGGACACACAAAAGCUGUUCUCUGUGUGGAUUCUACCGAUGAUCUCCUCUUCACUGGAUCAAAAGAUCGUACUUGUAAAGUUUGGAAUCUCGUGACUGGACAGGAAAUUAUGUCCCUAGGGGUUCACCCUAACAAUGUUGUAUCGGUAAAAUACUGCAAUUAUACCAGUCUGGUCUUCACAGUGUCAACAUCUUAUAUUAAGGUGUGGGACAUCAGAGAAUCAGCAAAGUGUAUUCGAACAUUAACAUCUUCAGGUCAAGUUACUCUUGGAGAAGCUUGUUCUGCAAGCAGCAGCCGGACAGUAGCUAUUCCUUCUGGAGAGAGCCAGAUCAAUCAGAUUGCACUAAAUCCAACCGGCACUUUCCUCUAUGCGGCCUCUGGAAAUGCCGUCAGAAUGUGGGAUCUUAAAAGGUUUCAGUCUACAGGAAAGCUAACCGGACACCUGGGUCCUGUUAUGUGCCUUACGGUAGACCAGAUUUCCAACGGACAAGAUCUAAUCAUCACUGGCUCUAAGGACCAUUACAUCAAAAUGUUUGAUGUGACUGAAGGGGCUCUUGGAACUGUAAGCCCCACCCACAACUUUGAGCCUCCUCAUUAUGAUGGUAUAGAAGCACUGACCAUUCAAGGGGAUAACCUAUUCAGUGGGUCCAGAGACAAUGGAAUCAAGAAAUGGGACUUAGCUCAGAAAGGUCUUCUUCAGCAAGUCCCAAAUGCACACAAGGACUGGGUCUGUGCCCUGGGCCUGGUGCCAGGCCACCCAGUUUUGCUCAGCGGCUGCAGAGGCGGCAUUUUGAAACUCUGGAAUGUGGAUACUUUUGUGCCAGUUGGAGAGAUGAGAGGUCAUGACAGUCCCAUCAAUGCCAUAUGUGUGAAUUCCACCCAUGUUUUCACUGCAGCUGAUGAUCGGACUGUGAGAAUCUGGAAAGCCCACAAUUUGCAAGAUGGUCAAAUCUCUGACACAGGCGAUCUGGGGGAAGAUAUUGCCAGUAAUUAACCAUGAAUGGAGAUAAGCAUAAACUGACACUGUGAUGAUACUCUGCAUUCUUUAUUGAAGAUGAUGUCCUGCACUUAUUAUUAAUGGAACCAACUGGAAAUAUAUCUGAAUCUAUCUGCUAGAUAAAAAUGUAUUCUAAUAAAACUGUACUGUCUUGUAUGUGUAAUAUUAAUAUCUACCAACACAUAUGCUUCUUACAAUUGAUGUAUUGCUUGUAUCACACUUUGACCAUGGCUGAAUUUUUGUGCCUAGUUAUAAAAAGAUACUUUCAAAUUAUUUGAAUUCUAAGAUGUCUGCUCUUGUGACAGAAGUAUACCCAGAGUCAAAAACUCCUACCUGUUCACCCAUUCAGAUGGGUUCACACAACUUAAACACUUAAACAUGUAUUGGAACUGUUAAUCAGAUGGUAGUGUGCUCAUCAGCAAUUUUUGUCAGUCUCUAAGGGGUUACAAAUUUCAAAGCUCUUUCAAUAUAAUGGAAAGAAACUGUUAUUGAUGAUUUCUCAUAAUUGACCGUAG